GCCUCCCAUACCGGGGGGCCAAUUGCAGCCCCUCCAGUAUUGGCCCUUUUCUUCUGCAGAUCUCUAUAAUUGGAAAACUAACCAUCCCCCUUUCUCGGAGGAUCCCCAACGCCUCACGGGGUUGGUGGAGUCCCUUAUGUUCUCUCACCAGCCUACUUGGGAUGAUUGUCAACAGCUGCUGCAGACACUCUUCACAACCGAGGAGCGAGAGAGAAUUCUGUUAGAGGCUAGAAAAAAUGUUCCUGGGGCCGACGGGCGACCCACGCAGUUGCAAAAUGAGAUUGACAUGGGAUUUCCCUUGACUCGCCCCGGUUGGGACUACAACACGGCUGAAGGUAGGGAGAGCUUGAAAAUCUAUCGCCAGGCUCUGGUGGCGGGUCUCCGGGGCGCCUCAAGACGGCCCACUAACUUGGCUAAGGUAAGAGAGGUGAUGCAGGGACCGAAUGAACCUCCCUCAGUUUUUCUUGAGAGGCUCAUGGAAGCCUUCAGGCGGUUCACCCCUUUUGAUCCUACCUCGGAGGCUCAGAAAGCCUCAGUGGCCCUGGCCUUCAUAGGACAGUCAGCCCUGGAUAUCAGAAAGAAGCUUCAGAGACUGGAAGGGUUACAGGAGGCUGAGUUACGUGAUCUAGUGAAGGAGGCAGAGAAAGUGUAUUACAAAAGGGAGACAGAAGAAGAAAGGGAACAAAAAAAAGAGAAAGAAAGAGAGGAAAGGGAGGAAAGACGUAAUAAACGACAAGAGAAGAAUUUGACUAAGAUCUUGGCUGCAGUGGUUGAAAGAAAAAGCAAUAGGGAAAGAGAGAGAGAUUUUAGGAAAAUUAGGUCAGGCCCUAGACAGUCAGGGAACCUGGGCAAUAGGACCCCACUCGACAAGGACCAAUGUGCAUAUUGUAAAGAAAAAGGACACUGGGCAAGGGACUGCCCCAAGAAGAGAAACAAAGGACUGAAGGUCUUAGCUCUGGAAGAAGAUAAAGACUAGGAAAGACGGGGUUCGGACCCCCUCCCCGAGCCCAGGGUAACUUUAAAGGUGGAGGGGCAACCAGUUGAGUUUCUGGUUGAUACCGGAGCGAAACAUUCAGUGCUACUACAGCCAUUAAGAAAACUAAAAGAUAAAAAAUCCUGGGUGAUGGGUGCCACAGGGCAACAACAGUAUCCAUGGACUACCCGAAGAACAGUUGACUUGGGAGUGGGACGGGUAACCCACUCGUUUCUGGUCAUACCUGAGUGCCCAGCACCCCUCUUAGGUAGAGACUUACUGACCAAGAUGGGAGCACAAAUUUCUUUUGAACAAGGGAAACCAGAAGUGUCUGCAAAUAACAAACCUAUCACUGUGUUGACCCUCCAAUUAGAUGACGAAUAUCGACUAUAUUCUCCCCUAGUAAAGCCUGAUCAAAAUAUACAAUUCUGGUUGGAACAGUUUCCCCAAGCCUGGGCAAAAACCGCAGGGAUGGGUUUGACAAAGCAAGUUCCCCCACAGGUUAUUCAACUGAAGGCCAGUGCUGCACCAGUGUCAGUCAGACAGUACCCCUUGAGUAAAGAAGCUCGAGAAGGAAUUCGGCCGCAUGUUCAAAGAUUAAUCCAACAGGGCAUCCUAGUUCCUGUCCAAUCUCCCUGGAAUACUCCCCUGCUACCGGUUAGAAAGCCUGGGACUAAUGACUAUCGACCAGUACAGGACUUGAGAGAGGUCAAUAAACGGGUGCAGGAUAUACACCCAACAGUCCCGAACCCUUAUAACCUCUUGUGUGCUCUCCCACCCCAACGGAGCUGGUAUACAGUAUUGGACUUAAAGGAUGCCUUCUUCUGCCUGAGACUACAUCCCACUAGCCAACCACUUUUUGCCUUCGAAUGGAGAGAUCCAGGUGCGGGAAGAACCGGGCAGCUCACUUGGACUCGACUGCCCCAAGGGUUCAAAAACUCCCCGACCAUCUUUGACGAAGCCCUACACAGAGACCUGGCCAACUUCAGGAUCCAACACCCCCAGGUGACCCUCCUCCAGUACGUGGAUGACCUACUUCUGGCGGGAGCCACCAAACAGGACUGCUUAGAAGGUACGAAGGCACUACUGCUGGAAUUGUCUGACCUAGGCUACAGAGCCUCCGCUAAGAAGGCCCAGAUUUGCAGGAGAGAGGUAACAUACUUGGGGUACAGUUUGCGGGGCGGGCAGCGAUGGCUGACGGAGGCACGGAAGAGAACUGUAGUCCAGAUACCGGCCCCAACCACAGCCAAACAAGUGAGAGAAUUUUUGGGGACAGCUGGAUUUUGCAGACUGUGGAUCCCGGGGUUUGCGACCUUAGCAGCCCCACUCUACCCACUAACCAAAAAAAAAGGGGAAUUCUCCUGGGCUCCUGAGCACCAGAAGGCAUUUGAUGCUAUCAAAAAGGCCCUGCUGAGCGCACCUGCUCUGGCCCUCCCUGACGUGACUAAACCCUUUACCCUUUAUGUGGAUGAGCGUAAGGGAGUAGCCCGGGGAAUUUUAACCCAAACUCUAGGACCAUGGAGGAGACCUGUUGCCUACCUGUCAAAGAAGCUCGAUCCUGUAGCCAGUGGUUGGCCCAUAUGCCUGAAGGCUAUCGCAGCUGUGGCCAUACUGGUCAAGGACGCUGACAAAUUGACUUUGGGACAAAAUAUAACUGUAAUAGCCCCCCAUACGUUGGAAAACAUCGUUCGGCAGCCCCCAGACCGAUGGAUGACCAACGCCCGCAUGACCCACUAUCAAAGCCUGCUUCUCACAGAGAGGGUCACGUUCGCUCCACCAGCCGCUCUCAACCCUGCCACUCUUCUGCCUGAAGAGACUGAUAAACCAGUGACUCAUGAUUGCCAUCAACUAUUGAUUGAGGAGACUGGGGUCCGCAAGGACCUUACAGACAUACCGCUGACUGGAGAAGUGUUAACCUGGUUCACUGACGGAAGCAGCUAUGUGGUGGAAGACACCUUUUCAGGAUGGGUAGAGGCUUAUCCUACUAAGAAAGAGACUUCAACCGUGGUGGCUAAGAAAAUACUGGAGGAAAUUUUUCCAAGAUUUGAAAUACCUAAGGUAAUAGGGUCAGACAAUGGUCCAGCUUUCGUUGCCCAGGUAAGUCAGGGACUGGCCAAGAUAUUGGGGAUUGAUUGGAAACUGCAUUGUGCAUACAGACCCCAAAGCUCAGGACAGGUAGAGAAGAUGAAUAGAACCAUUAAAGAGACCCUUACCAAAUUGACCACAGAGACUGGCAUUAAUGAUUGGAUAGCUCUCCUGCCCUUUGUGCUUUUUAGGGUGAGGAACACCCCUGGACAGUUUGGGCUGACCCCCUAUAAAUUGCUCUACGGGGGACCCCCCCCGUUGGCAGAAAUUGCCUUUGCACAUAGUGCUGAUGUGCUGCUUUCCCAGCCUUUGUUCUCUAGGCAGCGAGCAUGGAAACAGCUCCGGGAGGCCUACUCAGGAGGAGACUUGCAAGUUCCACAUCGCUUCCAAGUUGGAGAUUCAGUCUAUGUUAGACGCCACCGUGCAGGAAACCUCGAGACUCGGUGGAAGGGACCUUAUCUCGUACUUUUGACCACACCAACGGCUAUGAAAGUCGAAGGAAUCCCCACCUGGAUCCAUGCAUCCCACGUUAAGCCGGCGCCACCUCCCGAUUCAGGGUGGAAAGCCGAAAAGACUGAAAAUCCCCUUAAGCUUCGCCUCCAUCGCGUGGUUCCUUACUCUGUCAAUAACUCCUCAAGUUAAUGGUAAACGCCUUGUGGACAGCCCGAACUCCCAUAAACCCUUAUCUCUCACCUGGUUACUUACUGACUCCGGUACAGGUAUUAAUAUUAACAGCACUCAAGGGGAGGCUCCCUUGGGGACCUGAUGGCCUGAGUUAUAUGUCUGCCUUCGAUCAGUAAUCCCUGGUCUCAAUGACCAGGCCACACCCCCCGAUGUACUCCGUGCUUACGGGUUUUACGUUUGCCCAGGACCCCCAAAUAAUGAAAAAUAUUGUGGAAAUCCUCAGGAUUUCUUUUGCAAGCAAUGGAGCUGCGUAACUUCUAAUGAUGGGAAUUGGAAAUGGCCAGUCUCUCAGCAAGACAGAGUAAGUUACUCUUUUGUUAACAAUCCUACCAGUUAUAAUCAAUUUAAUUAUGGCCAUGGGAGAUGGAAAGAUUGACAACAGCGGGUACAAAAAGAUGUACGAAAUAAGCAAAUAAGCUGUCAUUCGUUAGACCUAGAUUACUUAAAAAUAAGUUUCACUGAAAAAGAAAAACAAGAAAAUAUUCAAAAGUGGGUAAAUGGUAUGUCUUGGGGAAUAGUGUACUAUGGAGGCUCUGGGAGAAAGAAAGGAUCUGUUCUGACUAUUCGCCUCAGAAUAGAAACUCAGAUGGAACCUCCGGUUGCUAUAGGACCAAAUAAGGGUUUGGCCGAACAAGGACCUCCAAUCCAAGAACAGAGGCCAUCUCCUAACCCCUCUGAUUACAAUACAACCUCUGGAUCAGUCCCCACUGAGCCUAACAUCACUAUUAAAACAGGGACGAAACUUUUUAGCCUCAUCCAGGGAGCUUUUCAAGCUCUUAACUCCACGACUCCAGAGGCUACCUCUUCUUGUUGGCUUUGCUUAGCUUCGGGCCCACCUUACUAUGAGGGAAUGGCUAGAGGAGGGAAAUUCAAUGUGACAAAGGAACAUAGAGACCAAUGUACAUGGGGAUCCCAAAAUAAGCUUACCCUUACUGAGGUUUCUGAAAAAGGCACCUGCAUAGGGAGGGUUCCCCCAUCCCACCAACACCUUUGUAACCACACUGAAGCCUUUAAUCGAACCUCUGAGAGUCAAUAUCUGGUACCUGGUUAUGACAGGUGGUGGGCAUGUAAUACUGGAUUAACCCCUUGUGUUUCCACCUUGGUUUUCAACCAAACUAAAGACUUUUGCGUUAUGGUCCAAAUUGUCCCCCGGGUGUACUACUAUCCCGAAAAAGCAGUCCUUGAUGAAUAUGACUAUAGAUAUAAUCGGCCAAAAAGAGAGCCCAUAUCCCUGACACUAGCUGUAAUGCUCGGAUUGGGAGUAGCUACAGGCGUGGGAACAGGAACGGCUGCCCUAAUCACAGGACCGCAACAGCUGGAGAAAGGACUUAGUAACCUACAUCGAAUUGUAACGGAAGAUCUCCAAGCCCUAGAAAAAUCUGUCAGUAACCUGGAGGAAUCCCUAACCUCCUUAUCUGAAAUGGUUCUACAGAACAGAAGGGGGUUAGAUCUGUUAUUUCUAAAAAAAGGAGGGUUAUGUGUAGCCUUAAAAGAGAAAUGCUGCUUUUAUGUGAAUCAUUCAGGAGCUAUCAGGGACUCCAUGAACAAGCUCAGAGAAAGGUUAAAAAAACGUCACAAAGAAAAAGAGGCUGGCCAAGGAUGGUUUGAGGGAUGGUUCAACAAGUCCCCAUGGGUGACCACCCUGCUUUCUGCUCUAACAGGACCCCUAGUAAUACUGCUCCUGUUGCUUACAGUUGGGCCUUGCUUAAUUAAUCGGUUUGUUGCCUUUGUUAGAGAACAAAUGAGUACAGUUCGGAUCAUGGUACUUAGACAGCAGUACCAAGGCCUUCCAAGCUAAGAAGAAACUGACCUUUAGCCUUCCUAGUUCUAAGAUUAGAACUAUUAACAAGAGAAGAAGUGGGGAAUGAAAGGAUGAAAAUGCAACCUGACUCUCCCAGAACCCAGGAAGUUAAUAAGAAGCUCUAAAUGCCCUCGAAUUCCAGACCCUGUUCCCUAUAGGUAAAAGAUCAUACUUUUUGCUGUUUUAGGGCUUGCUUUCUGCUCUGUACAAAACUUUGUGGAAGGGGAAAAACAGGCCCCUGAGUAUGUGCCUCUAUGCUUGAAACUUCUUGAAACUGCUCCUAACUGCUUGUUUGGCUUCUGUAAACCUGCUUGCAUAAGAUAAAAAGAGGAGAAGUCAAUUGCCUAACGGACCCCAGUAAGAUCGGGCGUGCCACAAAAUGUUGAAAAUCCUGAUAAAUAUAUCUUGGUGACAAUAUGUCUCCCCCACCCAGAGACAGGCACAAACAUGUAACUCCAGAACAACUUAAAAUUAAUUGGUCCACAAAGCGCGGGCUCUCGAAGUUUUGAAUUGACUGGUUUGCGAUAUUUUAAAAAUGAUUAGUUUGUAAAAGCGCGGGCUUUGUUGUGAACCCCAUAAAAGCUGUCCCGACUCCACACUCGGGGCCGCAGUCCUCUACCCCUGCGUGGCGUACGACUGUGGGCCCCAGCGCGCUCGGAAUAAAAAUCCUCUUGCUGUUUGCAUCAA